CCUGUCAUGUCGUACAAGUCGUCACUUCAUUACUAUAAAUUAUAUUUUUGUGAUUGUUGUGAAUUCUGAGGUUGUGAAUACCUAUGUACUUUUUCUUAUAAAAUAAUUUUGUAAUUAAAUACCUUGUUAGUGGUAAAUCAAGUAUCCUUUAAAGAUGAUGCCCGGUAGAAUAAACCACCUGCCAUUGCCAGCGGAGAAUCCACUCACAGUUUCUUGGCACGAUUCUGCUUGGAUUCCUUCCCUGAAUCCAUCCAACAUAAUGGACUACUUCUCCGAAAGAUCUAACCCGUUUUUCGAUCGAACAUGUAACAAUGAAGUCGUUAAAAUGCAGCGUCUUAGUAUGGAUCAAUUGCAGAAUAUGACUGGACUGGAGUACAUUUUGUUGCAUGUUCAAGAGCCAAUUUUGUAUGUGAUAAGGAAGCAACAUAGACACAGCCCCAUGCAAACAAUACCUCUGGCUGAUUAUUACAUUAUUGCUGGUAUUGUGUAUCAAGCUCCAGACUUGGCAAGCGUUCUAAACUCCAGACUGCUCUCUGCAGUCCAUCAUUUGCAAUGUUCAUUUGAAGAAACUAUGUCCUACUCUAAAUAUCAUCCUAGCAAAGGAUACUGGUGGGAUUUCAAAAGUAAAACAGGUCCAUACAACAUGGGUCCAUCUGCCCCUAAAGAAGUGACAAAUACUCCCAAGGAAGAACCCGCUACAAUGUUCCAGCGUACCAGGGUGGACAUGCUUUUGGCAGAAUUAGUCAGACAAUUUCCUCUGCCAUCAUUGACGCAAACAAAUCAGACAAAUGGUGUUACUGUUAAGACAGAGAACGUAGGUGACAAGGUUCCCGACAAGCCAGCUGAUGGAGGCAACAUGAACAAUAUCACUAUUAAACAGGAGCCCAUGGAUCCAGUGUCCUCAGAUAUGUCCAACGGCAACCUGCCGGGCCAUAUGGAAAUAAAAACUGAGAUCAAACAGGAGAACAUGAAACCACCCCCAGAAAAGAAGCCAAGAAUGUAAAAAAAUAUAUAUUAUUUAAAUACAACUCCUUAGCUUUAUGGUCAUUGUGCAAAUCAAAAUAGUUUUGUAUAAGUUUCAGUACAAUAUAGAAUCAUAAAUGUACAUACUAAUGUUAAUUUUAGAAUGUAAAUAAGAAUCAAGAUAUUGUGGUGAUAUUAUUAAAAUCUCCAUUGAAGUAGUAAUGGGAA